UAUUCCUUUCAAUUCAAUAAAAAUGAAUAAAUCAUGUAACUGUUUUUGAUUUGUUAUUAUUGCUUUUCGUCCUUUUCGACGGUGAUUGUGCAGUGAACGGUGAAUCGUCUUCAAUUUUCCAUUGAUUUUGUUUACGUGAACUCUUCAAAUCAAUGUUGUUGUGUUUCUGCAUAUUUUAUUGCCACAAGUCUUACGAAUAUAUUCCACUUGCAAAACAAGCAUUAGUUUACUACUAUCUGUUUUUUUUUUUUUUUGUUGGUGUUUUUGUGAUUAAGCUAUUUUCUUUUAAGAUGUAUGAAAUUAUUGGAUUAUAUUUUGUAUAGUUAUGUGAUUGGCAAUUAUAAUUGUAAUUCUCUGAUUAGUGAUUAGUGAUUACUAUUAGGUUCGGUUUGGAUUGAUUGGAUUGACUUAUUUGAGAAUUGAGCUUAUAUACUGACUGACGUAAAAACCUGUGAGACUGGGUGAGAGAGCUUAUGAAAACAACUUAUGAUAUGUCCAAAGUUGUUUUCAGCUUAUUCCAAUAAGUUCUCUGUAAGGAUAUCUUAUGAAAUUAUAUGAAAACAAUUUUUUUUGUUUUAAUAAAAAAAUUGGGGAAGGAGAAAUUUUUAUUAAUUCGAGUGGCAAUAAUGACAAUUUUACAACUGUCUCUGAUGGGAUUCGAACUUGGCACCUUGACAUUAUAAAGCUAAACAGUCAUAUAAAGUUGAUUGAUUCAAUUGGAAGCCUUUGGUUGGAGCUAUGUCUUCAUCUUAUCCCUCGUCCUCGAUGCAGGCUGCAUCAAUUAAUUCCAACAUCAGAAGUGUUGGGCACAUGUUUUCAACCUCUGCUGAUCAACUCCCUGAUAACGUCCCGUUUGCCUCUGCUUCAGAAAUACAUUCUACGCCAUUCCCUCAAGAAAGUGAUGUUCUUUCCUGGGGAACAGAUCCAUUUGAUGAUAUUCUUCAGUUUCCUGAUGCUCCCAUCCAGAAUGAUCAUGUGGAAUACAGUGGUUCCGACGUCUUAGGUGGAAACGCCAAAACAACUGAUUUCAAGGAGUGGGUUGAUCAGUUAAUGUCUGUUGAUGAAUCUCCUCAGCCGAAUUGGAAUGAACUUCUCAGUGAUAACAAUAUAGCAGAACAGGAUCCAGAAAUACAGCCUUCUCUCUUGAUGCAAGAGACCCAGGUUUCACUGCAGCAGUAUGUACCAUCUAAAGAAGUUAAUGGUCUUCCUAAUUCUUCUGUGUCGACUACAUCACAAUCUAAGCCUAGAAUGCGUUGGACUCCAGAACUUCAUGAGGCCUUUGUGGAAGCAGUCAAUCAGCUUGGUGGUAGUGAGAAGGCUACACCAAAGGGUGUCUUGAACUUGAUGAAAGUUGAGGGCCUUACCAUCUAUCAUGUGAAAAGCCAUCUGCAGAAAUAUAGAACUGCCAGAUACAAACCGGAACCAUCAGAAGGAAUUGAAGAGAAGAAGUUGACUUCAAUCGAUGAAAUGACAACUAUAGACUUAAAAACACCUAAGGGAAUUACUGAAGCAUUGCGGUUGCAGAUGGAACUCCAGAAGCGGCUUCAUGAACAACUUGAGAUUCAAAGAAAUUUACAGAUUCAAAUUGAGAACCAAGGGAAACAUCUACAAAUGAUGUUUGAGCAACAGAUCAAGUCGAAUGAUCCUUCUGCUCCACUAUCAAGCGUAGUGGCACCUCCAACAGUUGAAAAUUUAGAAAACAAAAAUGAAGGUCAUGAGAAACUUGGAACAAAUGGUAGCACUCCAGAUAACAAGCCUGAAGGAAGUUCCCAGGAUACAAGCACAAAGCAAAAGGGAGAUGAUGCUAAAGUUACUGAUGAACUUGAGCUGGAAGAAGGCCAAUUUGUCGCACCACCCUCAAAACGAGCGAAGACUGACGAGUAAAGAAGAAUAAUUUCCAACCCUGUAAAGGCAUAAGGCUUCUAGUGUGUCUGCUUCCGCAGAUAACAUGCUGGAAUUUCCCUUUCUGAUUUUGACUAUGGCUUCCUUAAUCAGUGGUUUGGUAUAAUUUGCAUUGGGAAACUUCACUCCAGAUAUUUGUUGCAUAUUCUUGGAAUGUUUGAACACUAGAACUUCUAGAAAUAUUUUUGGAUCCUGGGAUGUUUCAACUAUAUUAUUAGUGUUUUUUAAGUUAUGGGAGCUAUCUGCAUUCCCUAUUUUUCCGAUAAUUCCCUUCCGUUUUAUUUUUUGGUA